AUGUCAGAAAAGGAGCUUGAUAGUAAAAGAGAGUUCAUACAAGUCAAUUCAAAAGAUGAAUCUGAUGCUCUUCAUGAAGACUAUAAACAGAAACUUUAUGAAAAGUUGGGUCACGCUGAUGUUCUCACUGAUGAUGCCAGGAUUCCUGAGAUAGAGUAUCUUUAUCAAAAAACUGAUGAGCUAUCUUUAUCAAGGGCCCUUGAAAUUUUACAACAAUGUAUUCAAGACCAUGAUGAUGAUCCAAAUUUCCCAUACGAUGAUUUUGAGUUUAUAAAAAAAAUUCUGAAAGGUUAUAAUAAUGACUUGAAUAUGAGCUUUAAUGACUGGAGUUUUAGCGCCAAGAUGUACGCCGCUUUAAAUGAGUAUCAUUCACCAUACCCAGAAGUCCGAGCAAUUUCAUCGCCCAUGGAUGAUCCAAAUAUACCUUGUGAGACUAUACGUGCUUAUAUUUUAGGAUUUGUAUGGUGUAUUAUUGGCACUGGGGUUAAUGAACUUUUUUCUCGUAGACAACCUUCCAUUUAUUUAUCUGCUUCAGUUUGUCAGAUGCUAAUGUAUCCAUCCGGAAUAGCUCUUCAAUAUAUUUUACCAGAUUGGGGAUUUACCUUAUUUGGAACGAGGCAUUCUCUCAACCCGGGACCUUGGACUUAUAAAGAACAGAUGUUUGCCACUGUUAUGUUUGACAUUGCAAUUGGUGGUAUGUAUGUGGGUUACAACUUUUAUGUUGAAAAGCUAAAUGUUUUCUAUGGUAAUACUUGGAUUACAGCAGGCUAUCAAAUUUUGCUAUCUCUAUGCACACAAUUAUUUGGCUUUGGAUUCGCAGGUAUUCUUCGUAAAAUCGUCAUUUACCCAGUUCGUGCUGUUUGGCCAACUAUUCUACCAACUCUUGCUCUUAAUCGAGCGUUAUUGAAGAAAGAAAAGAAAGAAAGUAUUCAUGGCUGGACAAUCACCCGGUACAAAUUCUUCUUCAUCGUGUUCACUUGUUCGUUUUUAUACAUGUGGAUUCCUGACUAUUUAUUUCAAGCAUUGUCAUAUUUUAACUGGAUGACUUGGAUCAAACCUGACAACUUCAAUCUAGCCACAGUUACCGGAUCUAUUCAAGGUCUUGGGUUAAAUCCAAUUUCAAGUUUUGAUUGGAACAUUAUAGGUUAUUGGCUCCCGUUGGCAUUUCCAUUCUAUACAUAUCUAAAUAUGAUGAUAGGAAUGAUCAUUGGAUUUUUCGUGAUUAUUGGCCUUUACUAUAGCAACUAUAAAUGGACUGCUUAUCUUCCAAUUAACGAUAACAAUAUUUAUACCAAUACCGGACAAAUUUAUGAGGUUCAAAGUGUGCUUACGAAUGGGAGGCUUGACGAAGAUAAAUAUAAAAAGUACGGUCCACCGUAUUUAUCAGCAGCUAACCUAGUGGUUUAUGGUGCUAAUUGUGCGCUUUAUACUUUCAUGAUUCCAUACGUUUUCUUUACUGAACGCAAAGGUAUUUGGAGAUCAAUCAAAUCAUUGAAGGAACUGAUUACCGAUUUCAGAUCGUCAAACUAUACACGGUUCAAAGAUCCACAUUCUCGAAUGAUGUCUCGUUACAAAGAAGUUCCAGAUUGGUGUUUUUUAGUGAUCAUGUUGGUUGCUCUCGUCUUUGCAAUUGUGUGUGUGAAAGUUUAUCCUGCCAACACACCCGUUUGGGGCAUCUUUUUAGUCCUUGCUAUAAACGCCGUAUUUGUGAUUCCAUUAUGUAUAAUUUAUGCUGUCACAGGAUACUAUUUUACUCUUGAGGUUCUAGUUGAAUUGAUUGUAGGUUAUGCAUUGCCAGGAAAUGGUGAUGCUUUAAUGUUUUUGAAAGCUUUGGGUUUCAAUAUUACUGGCCAAGCUCAACAGUACGUUUAUGAUCAAAAAAUGGCACAUUACGCAAAAGUUCCUCCAAGGGCAGUUUUUCGUGGUCAACUAUUAGGGACAAUUUUCCAAAUAAUUGUCUCCUUGCUCGUAAUAAAUUGGGAAAUCUCUAAUAUUGAUGGAAUAUGUACUGAUGAACAGUCGAAUAAUUUCACUUGUCCUAGUGAGGUUUCCUAUUAUUCUUCUUCGGUAUUUUGGGGUGUUAUUGGCCCAAAAAGAAUAUUUAAUAAAUUAUAUCCAAUAUUGCCAUAUUGUUUCCUUAUUGGCUUCCUACUUGCACUUCUAUGUCUCGCUAUUAGACAUUACUUUUACAAACAAACCCGUUGGUUUCAACCAGCAGUUAUUAUUGGAGGGCUCUUCAAUUACGCACCUUACAAUUUAAGUUAUUUUCUUCCUGGUCUUUAUGUAUGUUAUGCCUUCAACCACUAUAUUAAGAAAAGAUUUAGUGCAUGGUGGGAGAAAUAUAAUUAUAUUUUAUCGUCUUCUCUUGAUGCUGGUGUUGCCUUCAGUGGUAUCAUUAUCUUCUUUGCAGUUCAAUAUCAUGAAAAGGAUAUAAAUUGGUGGGGAAAUUCGGUGUCAUAUGCCGGUACUGACGGAGGAAUGGGCCAAGUUAGUUUAUUGGAUCCAACUACUGCCCCAGAUGGAUAUUUUGGAUUGAGAUCAGAAGAAUUCUGA